CCAAAUAAUCAUUCGGAUUUCUACGUUGAUAUGUAUGUUGUUGUGUUUAUUGAUUUCUACGGUGAUGUAUAUGUUGUUGUGUUUAUUGAUUUUCACAUUGAUGUGGAUAUUGUUGUGCAC